GGCGACGGAGGCACACGACUCCACUAGCCUUGUUACUUGAUAGCAUUAGCUUCAGCCGGCCGAUAAGGUGCGCUAACUUCAUCGUGUUUGGAGUUAUUGUCCAUUUCUUCUAUGUGUUCGUACUGUUAGUAUCAACUAUCCAGGCGAAGCGGGUUCAACGUGCUCUAGGUGGAGUGUUGGCGUAGACGUCCGUGUCCUGAUGUCAAGCUGAGCCGAGACCCUGUGAGGAAAAACACACAAAUGAAACCUUUUCUUUGUUUAUGACACAUGACACCAGACACUGUUACUUCAUCGACACUUAUUCGGAAGCUAGGGGAGGUUGGACGUGUUUCGGCUUGGGUGUAAGAUUAUUUCACGGUGGAAAUGAAAAGCAGUAGUGGUUUAAAAGGAACGUAUUGACAGCUGCAGCGCUGCUCGGUGCGAUGGGCAAGAUGUCAAGCAGCGCCGAGGAGGCUGCGGGGCCGACCAAUGGAGACGAGCCCGCCGGGUCACGUGAUGAAGCCGGACAUGGAGGUCAUCCUUGUGACCACCAGGGGGCAGCAGAGCUCUGUGACGCCAACAGGACCGCGGAGCUCCACAGCGCGGGUUCGCUAAAGGUCACCAUCCAGCAGAGCAGCGACUGUCGGGAGUUCGCACGCAGGGACAAAAUGGACGACAGGCUCCGCUGUCACGUGUGCGGCGUCACCUUUUCCUCCAUGCAGGCAUUUGAGGUGCACAUGACAGGUUCAGAUCACAUGACCAAAGUGAAGGCGAUCACACGGUCCAUCGGUGUCAGCGCACACGCUCUACUGGGAAGGCGGCGGCGCUGGUGUGACACGUGUCAGACGCACUUCACCGGUGACAUCAUCCUCCACCGACGCAGCAGACAACACAAAGUGUGUAAGCGGGACUCGCGGCCCUUCUGUGCGGCGUGCACGCGUCACUUCAAGUCUCCCAGGAAGUUGGUGGAGCACAUGAAGUCUGCUAAGCACAAACGUCAGGUGCGCCAGGAGGAGGCCCAGGAGGAGGAGCUUAUCACUGUGGACGCUAUUGGCUGCUUUGAGGAGGAAGUGAAGCAGGAAGCGGGCGUGGAAGUCAUGUGACUGGCAGAGUGGUACAGAAGAAUUGAGGAAAGACGUGCUAGCACAGCAGGACGUCUACGUCUGUCCACAGGGACUGCAGUGGAAAGGUUCCUAGUUAACACAGGUUGCAGGGGGAAUGGUUUAAGGGGGACACAUGACAGAACGUGUAGGUGGGCCAUGAGUGUGUGUGAUGAUUGUACUUGCUCUUUGACACACCCUCUUUGUAGCAGCAUCGAGGAUGGAUGUCAUGUUAGCAGAGCCGAUAGAAGUGCUUUUACGGAAUUAAAAGCCCUGAUGAAA